CGAAAUAUAAACAACCAAUCAAGAGCAAGUACACAACCAAAACCGUGUUGUCGGAGAAGCUAAAAUGACCACCUACACGAAUAAAGGGCCAAAACCAGAGGCAGGGAAAUUUGUAUCUUUCCACAGAGUCAAGUUCUGGGUUGGAAAUGCAAAACAGGCUGCCUCAUACUAUAUUACACGCUUGGGUUUUGAACCGUUUGCGUACUGUGGAUUGGAGACUGGUAGCAGACAGGUAGCGGCUCAUGUAGUGCGACAAAACAAGAUAUUGUUUGAAUUUGAAAACAUGCUGAACCCGUUUGAGCCAAAAGAGAUGGGUGACCAUUUAUGCAAGCAUGGUGAUGGGGUGAAAGACGUAGGUUUUGAAGUUGAAGAUGUUGAUGCAAUAUUUAAGCGAGCUGUAGAGAAGGGGGCGAUAGUUGUUGAACCACCCUCGGAGAUGUCUGACGAGAAUGGAACAGUACGAUAUUGUGUAAUACAGACAUAUGGAGAUACGACCCACACUCUGUAUGACCUGUCAAACUACAAGGGUCACUACUUACCAGGAUACAGAGCUAUGGAGCCUGAAAGUGACCCACUUGUUAAGCUUCUGCCAAAGAUUGGGUUAAACUUUACAGAUCAUAUUGUUGGAAACCAGCCAGACAUGGAAAUGACAAAUGUUGCUGAAUGGUACGAAAAGAAUCUGAUGUUUCAUCGUUUCUGGUCUGUUGAUGAUGAACAAGUCCAUACAGAGUACUCUGCCCUUAGAUCGAUUGUUGUUACCAAUUUUGAGGAAACGAUCAAAAUGCCGAUUAACGAGCCAGCACCAGGAAAGCGCAAGAGUCAGAUACAGGAGUACGUAGACUACUAUGGAGGAGCCGGGGUCCAGCAUAUUGCCAUGAACACAGACGAUAUUAUCACAACUGUUACUAACUUGCGAGCUAGAGGUCAGGAAUUUCUGAAAAUACCAAAGACUUAUUACACAAAUCUCAGAGAGAGGCUCAAGCUGUCCAAGGUCAAGGUUACAGAGAAUUUGGAUGUUCUUGAGAAAUUACAUAUUCUGGUAGAUUAUGACGACCAAGGCUACUUGUUACAAAUCUUCACAAGGACAAUGCAGGACCGACCUACACUGUUCCUUGAGUGCAUUCAGAGAAAAAAUAACAGUGGAUUUGGAGUUGGUAAUUUCAAGUCACUGUUUGAGGCAAUAGAGAUGGAACAAGCAGAGCGAGGCAAUCUGUGAUUGAAGUCGGCUUAUAAAAGACGUCUGCUCAUAAUUGACAUCUGCUGAGGGAGCAAUAAUCUCUAUUGAUGAACAUAAAUCUGUACCAUACGUGUGUAUGUAACCAGUAACCAUUCUUCAGCUUGAUGGGACCAUGCCAGCUUUCAAAUAAUGUGAUAAAGUACUGCAGCAGCUGUAAAACACUUUUCAUUGGUCCGAACUUUAUUCGCAAAUUUACUCCUAUUUUUCCUAUUUUAUUUUUUGCAAUCAUAAAGAAAAUAGAAACCUACAGAGUUUAGGAUAUACUACCUUUUAAUACUGACAUGAACUUGUUUAAUUUUUUUCACGAAAAAUUUGAAUAGGACAGGAUAAAAAUUGCUUUUAUUAACAAAAAUAAAGGUCUUCUGAAUUAUAAGGUUUUACAGUAUAAUUAUAGAGAUUUUUGUUUGUUUUGUGAAAAUUUAAAUGUUUGAUUAUCUGUUUUGAAAAUAACAAAAAAAGUUUGGGUAUUUAUAUCAUGAUUCUUAUUUUUGAAGCUCCACUAUAACAAGUAUGUUUAGUCCAUGUUACCCAAAUUCUUUCAGAGAAAAGAAAUCUUAUUUUGUAUUAAGAUUAUAUUAUAUAAGUAGCAUGUAGAUUUAUACUUUGCAUUUAAAUCUUGUUGUUCAGUAAGUCGUCUUCCAUUUUCAAAAAUCAAGCUUUAAGACUGUAAGUUUAGAGACUAGUUUCAAACUGUAAACAAUGCCAUUGGUCACUUCCAUUUUUGUGCUAAGAAACAUGCGUAUGCUGAAUUUUUGAGACUGGUAUCAAUACUCUGUUUAUAAAUAAUAGCUCAAACUUGGAUGAGCCGGUUGUAAGGGCAGAUUAUGAGAUAUUCAAGCAUAAAACCACUGUUGUUUUUAAGGAGUGUUUUAACAUGAGAGUAAAUGUUUGUCAAUAAGGAGAGCAUGUGCUGUUUACACUCCUUUUAUUUAAUUAUGCUCACUACAUUGCAAAAAGUAAAGGGAUACCAGCCCUACAAGGCAUAAUUAAAACAGGUCUAAAAUGAAAUUAACUCUAUCUGAUAUUAUAUUUGUUAACUCAUUUUUAUACAUUUUAUGCUAGAAUUACAUUAACAUAUGUUUGUUUCAUGUAAUUUCAUCUGCAGAAUCCCUUAGGGUAACAAUUCCUUAGGGGCAUUCAGGUGCCCUCAUUGGUAACAAUUAUCAUUCAGGGUACAUUCAGAUGCCCUUACUGGUAACAGUCCCUCAGGAUACAUUCAGGUUCCAUCACUGGUAACAAUCCCUCAGGAUACAUUCAGGUUCCGUCACUGGUAACGAUCUCUCUGGAUACAUUCAGGUUCGAUCACUGGUAACGAUCCCUUGCCAUUCAUUCUGGUGCGCUCACCACUAUUACCUUGGGAUGCUGCAGAUGUUGUAACAAAAAAAGCAUGCAUUAUCCUUUCAUUCUAGCAUAUUCCUGUUAUAUCUUCCCUGCAACCCGCCACCAGAAUCAUGGCGAUUUUGGUCUGUAAUUUGCUUACUUCAGGCUUUCACCGCAUUGCAUAAUACAGGUGUCGGGCAAGUUGAAAUAAUAACCAUAAUGUUGAAAUAACGGAUAAUUGACCUUCACUUGGGAUGUAGCAUUACCUGAAAGUUUGUCAACUGUUGUUUUCUGUUUUGUUUCUUCAAACAUUAUCUCAGUACUUCAACGAAUAUGAAACUUCUUAAUAUGUUGUUGAGAAAUUGUUUUUGCAAUUACUUCUCUUUCACCAAAACUCUUCAGAGUGUUGUUUUCAACAAGCUGUUUGACAAUCAAUUUUGUCUUGCCAAAGAUUGUGUUUCUUUGUUUGUUAAUACUGUAGGUUAAUUUAUUAAGUAUUGUAGAUCCUUCAAAUUUGUUGUAAUUGCUGUGUAACUUUUUUUGAUAAUUGAAUGUUUUUCACUCAACAAAGAAAUGGUGAGGCUAUUUUAACAGUAACUUUUGUACCAAUUUACUGUUUACAUACUGUAACAGAAGAAGCUGGAAAAUCCAGAUUCUCAACUCUUUCAAAUUAAGUACCGGUGUGAGAUAAUCUUACCUUACAUAGCUUGUCUUGCAGUGCUUUAUUUAAAUAAGUCAUUAAUCAGUAGAUGAACACUUUCUGCAAUAAAAACUUGAAAAUAAUCAUGUUGUGGGAAAAUAUAUUUAUCAUGCCCAGUUGUGUAGAAGGCAGUCACACCCUUUGUGUGAGAUAUGUCCAAAUUCAGCUGAAUCUUGCGUUUGAACAAAUUUCAACUUCGGAUAGGAUUGUCGUGUUAGAUUUACUUGACUAGUUCUGCUUCAUUAUUUGAAUAGGCAGUCAUAUCUUUUGAUUAACAGAUCAUUGUCUCAUGAAUAUUGUAACUGGAAUCAGGGUUUUGAAUAUAUAUACAUUCUAUGUACUAUCAGUACUGUUACAAUGCAAUUUAUGCAUGGCUGCUAUGUAAAUCUGCUAAACCAGAAUUUAUUUUUAUAGGUGUAAAUAUUUUGUGUGAUUUAAGUUUUGUUGUUUGUUAUUUCCAUUAAGGACUAAGGUUACAAAAUUGAAUUUGGGAACCAGUCUCGGAAUGCAGCCCUCCCAUUGGUCAAUUUCAAAAAUGAUUCCAAAAUCAACCAAUCAGAUGCUGAAGUUUUGAGACUGAUUUUUAACCUUUGAUACUAAGGUUUAGUAUGAUUUUAAUACAUGAUUUUGAAUCAACUGUUUGGCACAGACAUUUGCUAUAAUAAGAUAUAAUUCAGUAAUGUAACUUCACGACCAACACAUCAUGGUCAUACCCUUCUCCUUGAAAGAAGCAGUAUAUGGAGAUAUGCAUUUUUUCCCCAAAAGCAAUCUCUUACAGAUUUACUCUGCAGUAAUAAUAUAUUGGUAGUUGUUUUUGUCUGAUUUUAUUGUUAACUUCUUUCAGUCAAUACCUAUGCAGUAUUUUUACAUUAAAAAUGUAUAUUACAGUCAUAUCUUGUAAUUCUUUAAACUAUUAAGCUAAAAAUUUACAUUUUUUUUUUUCUAAAAUUUGUUUUGCAAAUUUUUUACAUCAAGUUUAUGAGCUUUUGAGAUUGAUAUGUUAUAUUCCCUUAUUGUUGCCCUAUCCAUAACAAGCGCAACCCCAUAUUUUCCUCAGAUUUAGGUUGUAAUUGAAUACCAGUGGCACUAUGGUAGUUCUACAAUUAUUAAAAAUUCAUUCAUUAGAAUUACGAUUUAUACUUUCUUAUUAGUAAAGAAUGCUUUGAUUUUUUUAUCUUUCUGGCCACCCCCCGCCCCACUCCUUUUGUAAAAUGUAAUGCCGCUGUGGGCAUGAAUAAGGGAAUAUACUGUAUAUCUAUUAUACACAGAACAUUUAUUAAACUAUACAACUAAUUUUGUAAUUCUAUAUGUAACAAGUCUUAACAACUAGUCAGAUUGUUACUUGAAGAUAUACAUUAUAUCAUUCUAGAUUUACAUUAGUCUUUAUUAUUUUAUUUAGAGUUUUGAAUUUGAAAAAAGGAGUUUGAACAAAAUGUAAAGGGAGAUCUGUUUUCUUCUGUUUUAUUUAUGUUAAUUGCUUGAAAAAUUUGAAUCUUUCAUUCCCAUUUAAUAUUUGGACACAAAUUGUUUGUAUAUCUGGUAUCCAGUCCAGAUAUAUGGUCUGUCCUUGAGAGGUUUUCUAGUUGGUAGUUAUAACACAAGUUUGAACCAAGAGCAUUUGAAGGUCCAGAGCAAGGGAACUACUUUUUGACAGAAAACAAAGUGUAGUCUCCAAAUCAUAUGGGGUAAAUUUCUAUUACGGUACAUGCAGAGAACAAGUCAGUGCUGGUACAGAAUCCAGCAACACUAAUUACAUUAAGUAACCACUAUAGCAUUGCUGAAAUUUGUAUUUUUUAACUUUCUUAAUGAUAAGGUGCUGGAAACUGAUUGCGGAUACAGAAUUUGAUGAAGAUCUGACGAUAGCUGGGAAAUUUUACUUGCCAGCUAUUUCCUAUUAAUACAUCAUUAUAUGAUUUCAUUAGGGUUUGUUAUCUCAUACAAUCAAGUGCUAUAUAUUUUUAAAGAAUCUCCAUACAUUUUUAAGAUUGCAACUGUCUGAUAAUAUCAUUUGUAAAUAAAGUUUUAUCUCAU